UGGCAAUGGGAAUGGUGUAUAUAAAAGCGACGACUUGUGUUAGGCUGUACAGAAUCGACAGCGAGGUUCCAGGAUAAAUAUCUCAAGCCCGGAGAUUACGAUAACACGUAACCAUCAUGGUUUCAAAGGUCGUCAUAUUCUUACUCGGAUGCUGCGCGGUCCUCUCUUACGUGCACGCCGGAUCCAUCGUGAGGCAGGAACCCUCCAACACAACGACCGUGGCACCAGAGGAAGAAGAAGUAACAGAAGAAGGGAGCGGUUUCUCUGUGAAUCAGACGGAACCGGUUCUGGUCGUUUACGACUACGUAGUCGUCUUCGGGUUUAACGACACAGACGCCAGCGAUGACGACAUCUUCCCCACGCCUUCCGAUUACGACGAUGACGGUGAAGAUGAGGAGACUGUCAUCAUUUUCGAUUAGAAACGACCGAAGCCUAAAGUAGAUUCACAUCCUGAUUGACCGUUGAUAAGCCAGUCACUGUGCUGGAAACUCUCAGUCUCUCGAGAGAAUUCUCACAGGCAGGAUGUGUGCUCCUCCACCUCUCCUGACUGACACCUCUUUCAAAAGUAUCCCUCAGGUGAGGUGUAGCAUGCGUACGUCCUGCCUAUGUGAACUCUCGAGGGAGACUGAGAGUUCCCAGCCCUGUGAUUGGCUUAUCAACAUCCAAUCGGGAGCGUCGUAAGGGACGGUCCUAGACAUCUGUUGCGCGGGUGAUGUGAAUCUACUCUUUUAUAUAGUACAUUCGUCGCCCUAAAUACAAUCUGAUGUUUUCACCGAAGGGACGGGAACUUUCUUGUCAGCGCGUCGGUUGCUGCUGGAGGCUUUGUUCAAGAAGGGACUUAGCUUCCACGCUCUGGGCAUUUAUUUAUGGAAUGGGGAGUCUUCGCCAUUUGUAAUUAUAAUAGGGUAAUGAAUCUGUAAAUUUUAGAAAAAUAAACUAUAUAUCUGACA